AUGCGACUAACAGAUCGUCAAGUCCGUUUUUACCUUCAUCAUGCGCUCGGAUUUUUCGAUCGACGUUGGCAUGGCUGGCAUCGGCUGGAGGUACGCUUAAAUCGACACGGGGGUGCACAUUCAAAUCCCUAUUCGACUACACCGGUUGUACCUCGGGUAGAAAUCCGAUUCAGUGUUGAUCAGAAGACGAAUAGAGGUUAUAUGAAGGCAGGCGAUGUGCUUUGGCUGGAUUGGGCUGAAUUUAAAUCAAGAGGAUAUUUGCAAAAAGACGCUGCUAGACAGUUUUACUCUAACGAGGCCUUCUUGGGCCUGCCUCCUGCAGGGACAAUGUCUGAAUAUGCAGUAGGCACGCUGAUCAAAUAUCGUGAUGUCAUUCAGAGGCAUCUAUCUGCCGACAACGAUACCACGCUUGCCGCGAAGUCGGCUGUCGCGUUUCGACCCUUCCAGGGUGGCAUCAAGUCCUUUCUCAUUGCAAGUGAGUGCGCCUGUGGAUUGAGCAAACAGUUCGGCCCACGGAUGGUGCAAAUCGGUGCCGGCGUUGCGAUUCAGAGCGUCUGUGAUGUAAGAUCUUUGCCUCCUUUGAACGCGAACUACUCAGGUGUCUGCAAGAGCAAAGUCAACGAAUCUACCUGCGGAUGUGUUGGAUUCGGCAACAGACACGUCUGCUAUUGUCCGGGGAGCUGUAACGCACUCAAGGUUCAUGGUUCAACAUCUACGCGCGUUGCGCUUCUAGAUAACGCUGUUCCAGCUCCCAACUUGCUGGAAGAAUCCAAACUGCUGGUUUCUAAUGACAGAGAUCAAUCAAAUGCUUAUCUCUCCGAAAAUCCUUCAACUUACAAACAAAUGGACUCGUGUUUUUCGAAUAUAUUUCUGUGCGAAGAACCUGUCACCUACCAAUUCUGGAUGUUUAUUGAUCCCGCGGCCGUAUUAACGGGCGCAACAAGAAUUUUAAAACAUGCCUCUCACCCGAAUUCCCCGUGGUACCUGGAAGUUGUCUACCAGGGUAUUCCAAAGUUGGAGGCUCCAACUGUGGAACGUAUCAUGCAGCUUACCGUGGAGCUUCGAGCCCCACCACACUUCAACUGGAUGAUUGACCGAUGCGAAUCGGACCUGCGUGCCACACCUGACCAGUGGCAUCAGAUUAGAAUUCAUUGGAAUAAGAGGAACCUUUCCCUUUUCAUCGACGAUACAAUCUGUGGAGUUGCCGGCACAAAUAUCUCAACGAUUAAGGCGACCUCAGAUCAACGUUUUGCUACACGUCGCACUGCCUAUGUCUUCUUAGGCGCCCACACAAUCCAGGACUUUACAUUCAACGGACAACGCCUGCAGCGGACAUUCUACCGUUCCACCUAUUUCACAAAUGCCAUUGGCGAGAUUGAGCCUGUCUCCAGAAACCUUUCCGACGACUUCUACGUAGCCUUUCAGUUGAAUACCUCGAAGAGCGUGGCGUCUGUGCGUCUUCCUGGCAUAAAUGUCACUUCUGUGAAUGCUAAAGGAAUACUAGUCGUGAGUUCGGAGCAUGGCGAUUGCAUUGUUUUCCACCAGCCUGUCAACUGCCUCUCCAGUGCCCCGUGCCACGUGGAAGUGGAGCGUACACAUGACAUCAUCAAUGUGUACAGUCAGAAUUCUCUGCUGCGUGUCAGCAGCGUCAAUUCGGAAGAGUGUAGCAUAGCUCGACGCAGCCCUACUGAGUCUGGAUUAGCCCCCAACACGGAGGUUCGGCUGUUUAGUCGAGACCGCAGGGAACUACUCAAACGACGACUCAUUAUGACAAGUGAGUGCGUGUACUUGUGUUUAUUAAAUCGACUACACUGCGAUAAUUCCUCGUCGCCUUUUCCCGUGUUGGAGUGCAAUUUUGACGAUGUGCCAAGGACCUUCAAAGACGCGAUCCAAGACCCAUCAACCAUCUGCGCGCCAUCACAAGCGUUUCCCAACAUUCAAGUCCAAUCUCUCGACGGACCUCUCGAGUCGGCAGUGCAGGACACCUUAAUGGUUUCGUCAAGUCGACUUGCAGUCACGACGUCAGACACCGCCCCCGAAUCAGUCUGCCUUCGAGACAUCCAACUGUGCCAAUUCGGAUUAACAACGUCUUUCUGGGUCUUGCAUUUGCCUGCCUCUGCAAGUCCACGUUCCUGGCCAAUUUAUCGACUAGAGGGCCCGUCUGGAAGCCGAAUGAGGGUCUAUCUAACGAAGACAGCCACCGAAUAUCGUCUUGAGACGACUGUUAUGAGUCUGGAAUCAAUCAUAGCAGGGAAAGCAGUGUCGAGGGUGUGGAAGGUUGCGGUUGCAGUCAAUUCCAUCGACCAGAACUGGGUCCACGUAACGACCUCCUGGUCGCACAGCGCAGGCCUUUCAGUCAAAGUAAACGGCACCAUCGUGGCCACCUCAAGAGAACCAUUUGAGGAGUCCGCAGACUGGGAAUUACCGAGUCUCACUGGCCUCCUACUUGGCUACAACCGGCAACCCGACCAGGAGGAGGGAGUGGUCAUCGACGACUUCCAGUUCAUUCCCGCAGAACUGAACCAUCUAGCGUCGGUUGGUCAGACAAUAGAUCGCAAACUCUCGAACCAGGGACUUGAGAUAUGUCGCCAUCACACGUGCCUGGAGGGUUCAACUUGCUUCCCAAUGCAGCAUGCCACAACCUCGAGAGGCAACUUGUACGUUUUCGUUGGUGUAAAAUGUCUUUUUUUCAACAUGAAAUACAUCCACUAA